AUGGAUUCGUCUACGUGGUGGCUUAUUUUAUCUGGUGUCGUAGCGUAUGUGAUAUGGUUCAAGUCAAUCACACGGUCGUUAAGUGGUCCACGUGUGUGGCCUGUUUUGGGCAGCUUGCCAGGCUUAAUCCAGAACGCUAAUCGUAUGCAUGAUUGGAUCGCUGAUAAUCUUCGUGCGUGUGGAGGCACUUACCAAACCUGUAUUUCUCCCAUCCCUUUUCUAGCACGGAAGCAAGGUCUUGUGACUGUCACGUGCGAUCCUAAAAACCUUGAACAUAUUCUCAAGGCUAAAUUUGAUAAUUACCCAAAGGGCCCGACUUGGCAAGCUGUUUUCCAUGAUCUACUUGGAGAAGGGAUCUUUAACUCCGAUGGUGACACGUGGCUUUUCCAGCGUAAGACUGCUGCACUGGAGUUCACCACCCGGACCCUCAGACAAGCCAUGGCUCGUUGGGUGAACCGAGCCAUCAAACUCAGGUUUUGUCCCCUUUUAAAAACAGCUCAGCUUGAAAACAAGCCGGUUGAUUUACAAGACCUUUUGCUUCGGCUCACUUUCGAUAACAUAUGCGGCUUGGCUUUCGGAAUGGACCCACAAACUUUAUCCCCCGGUUUACCGGAAAAUAGCUUUGCAUCGGCUUUUGACCGAGCCACUGAAGCCACCCUGCAACGCUUUAUCUUGCCGGAGAGUAUAUGGAAGCUGAAGAAAAUGCUUGGGCUCGGUAUGGAGGUUGACUUGAGCCAAAGCUUAAGCCACGUGGACACGUAUCUGACAGCUGUCAUUAAUACACGUAAGCUGGAGUUGCUGAAUAAGGUCGACGCCGACGGUGGCACCCCCCAUGAUGACUUGCUCUCUCGGUUCAUGAAGAAGAAAGAGUCGUACUCAGACACGUUCUUACAGCAUGUGGCGCUCAAUUUCAUCUUAGCUGGACGUGACACGUCAUCAGUGGCGUUGAGCUGGUUUUUUUGGCUCGUAAUUAGAAAUCCGAGAGUCGAAAUGAAAAUCUUGACAGAGCUGUGUGCAGUUUUAAUAGAGACACGUGGCAGUGACACGAGUAAAUGGUUAGAGGAGCCUUUGGGCUUCGAAGAAGUUGACCAAUUGACAUAUCUGAAAGCAGCAUUAACGGAGACACUCCGGCUAUACCCAUCGGUUCCGGAGGACUCCAAGCACGUCGCGGCCGAUGACAUCCUACCAGACGGCACGGUUGUUCCGGCUGGUUCCUCCGUCACUUAUUCAAUUUACUCCACUGGUCGGAUGAAAUUCAUCUGGGGAGAAGACGUUCUCGAGUUCCGGCCGGAGCGGUGGUUAACCGACGACGGUAAAAAGUUUGAGAUCAUGAAGGAUCAAUUCCGAUUUGUCUCAUUCAACGCCGGACCCAGAAUUUGUUUAGGCAAGGACUUGGCUUACUUACAAAUGAAGUCAAUAGCGGCAGCUGUAUUGCUCCGCCACCGCCUCUCGGUGGUUCCCGGCCACCGUGUAGAGCAAAAGAUGUCACUAACUCUGUUUAUGAAAUACGGUCUUAAAGUGAAACUCCACACACGGGAUUUGGCACCCAUAGUGGCCAAAAUCGGUAGCACGGGGGUAGCACGUGAUCGAGAGUCUAUGAAUUGUUAA